CAUCAUGCUCAGUAUUCUUUGCUCUUUAGUCUGAGACUGCGUAGCUGUUUUUUUACAAAACAUUCACGGUCGUACCAAUCCAGUCGUGUCUAGUCUAGAUAGUAACUAUCUUUAAACAUGGCUAGAUUAUUUUUCUUCUUCAUCUUAAUUUUUGUUUUCUUCCAUGAAAGUUUGUCAACUUUGGCGACACCUCAGGCUCCUAACUUUCAAUAUUUCGAAAGACCUAAGUAUCGUUAUCCAUAUUAUGACGAAAAUGGACGUGGAAAACUGUUGUACGGAUAUGGUGGACCGGAACUGUUCCAAUACCGCACAUACAGCCCGUUAGAAGGCAUUCAUUAAUUUAUUAAUUUAUAAUUAAAUUAUUUAGAGCAUUAAUGAUUAUAGAUACAGUUCAAAUAAAUAUUAUUAAAUAUAGGAAUUAAUUAAAAUUGAA